GGAGUGUGUGGUGAGGAGUGUGUGGUGAGUGGUGUUUGUGGUGAGUGGUGUUUGUGGUGAGUGGUGUUUGUGGUGAGGAGUGUGUGGUGAGGAGUGUGUGGUUAGGAGUGUGUGGUGAAGAGUGUGUGGUGAGUGGUGUUUGUGGUGAGGAAUGUGUGGUGAGGAGUGUGUGGUUAGGAGUGUGUGGUGAGGAGUGUGUGGUGAGUAGUGUGUGCCUGUGUGGUGAGGAGUGUGUGGUGAGGAGUGUGUGGUGAGUGGUGUUUGUGGUGAGGGUCAUUCGUCGCGUGGUGAUGCGAACGUGGGAGCCCAACCCCCUAUCCCUCCACGGGUGGGGGGCGGGUCCCCAGGGACAAUGAACACAACACAACGUUGGGACGUUCACAAUGGCCAGCUCCUCGCCUGUGAUUGGCUGCUUGGCACCGUGUGGGCGGUGCCUGUGGACGAUGACCUCAACGCGUGCAAGUCGAGGCGGCGUGCCGCAUUCCAACAAACUGACACGUGGAGACUGCUGGGGAGGGGGCUCUGGUUUGUGUUGAUUCAUUUUUUAGGGGGUGCGCGCCGCGCUUACUGAUCGGGCAGCAUGGGGGGCGCUGCGCCUAUGGAUGACGAGCCCCAGCUGGUGCCACCGCCAGACGGCGGCUGGGGAUGGGUGGUGCUGUUCGGCUGCUUCGUCAUCACAGGCUUCUCGUACGCCUUCCCCAAGGCCAUCAGCGUCUUCUUCAAGGAGCUGAUCAACGAGUUUGACGUGGGCUACAGCGACACGGCGUGGCUCUCCUCCAUCCUGCUCGCCAUGCUCUACGGCUCAGGUCCUCUGUGCAGCAUCCUCGUGAACCGCUUUGGCUGCCGGCCCGUGAUGCUGGGCGGGGGUCUGCUCGCUUCAUUGGGGAUGAUCCUUGCCUCCUUCUGCACCAACAUCAUCAUGCUCUAUCUCACGGCGGGAGUCAUCACAGGCAUGGGGCUGGCGCUCAACUUUCAGCCAUCGCUCAUCAUGCUGGGGCGCUACUUCAACAAGCGGCGCCCGUUGGCUAACGGACUGGCAGCAGCUGGCAGCCCCGUGUUCCUGACGACGCUGUCGCCGCUGGGACAGAUGCUUGUUAAGUCGUACGGCUGGAGGGGUGGCUUCCUUAUCCUGGGGGGGCUCCUGCUGAACUGCUGUGCAUGCGGCGCCGUAAUGCGCCCGCUUGUGCCCCCCAAGGAGGACGCCGGCAGUGGCGGAAGUGCCAAUGCCGGCGAGAGCAAGCGGCGUAACGGCAGCAGGGACGCCGGCGCUGCGGAACAAGAGCUCACCGAGAUGUUGCCCUCGAAGCAGAACGGCGGCUUUGUGGCCGUGCCUCUGGACGACAAUGGCUCCCAGGUCGCUGAGAGCCCAUCGCCAGGCACCGCCCCCCAUCGGGAGACACCGGUGUCCCCAAAGAAGAAGCAGAAGAAGAAGCUGCUGGACUUCAGCGUCUUCAAGAACAAGGGCUUCGUCAUCUACGCGGUGGCUGCGUCCAUUAUGGUGAUCGGGCUGUUUGUGCCGCCCGUCUUCAUCGUGAGCUACGCCAAGGACAUGGGCGUAGAGGACACCAAAGCGGCCUUCCUCCUGUCCAUCAUCGGCAUCAUCGACAUCUUUGCACGGCCGCUGUGCGGCAUAUUAGCUGGCGUCGAGCGUAUACGCCCAUACAUCACCUACCUCUUCUGCUUUGCGAUGCUCUUCAAUGGGUUCUCGGACCUCAUGGGGUCACUCGGAAACACGUACGGCGGCCUCGCCACCUUCUGUGUCUUCUUCGGGAUCUCAUACGGGAUGGUGGGUGCGCUGCAAUUCGAGGUCCUCAUGGCCAUCGUGGGCUCCCACGUCUUCUCGAGCGCCAUCGGCCUCGUGCUGCUGUGCGAGGCCUGCGCCGUGCUGGUCGGACCGCCCAGUGCAGGCCGCCUGGUGGAUGCCACCAAGAACUACAAGCUGACACUGUACAUGGCGGGGACGCUCGUCACCAUCUCCGGCAUAGUCAUGGGCGUUGCCAACUUCUUCUGCCUACCCAAGGUGCAAGCUUGUCCACACGCGGCUCCCCCUUUAGAGCCUGGCAAGGAAGAGGGGCAGCCGCUGACGGUGGUAACCAGCACCGAGCCAGAUCCCGAUGCCGUGCACAAUAACCGGGGUCCCACGGAGCCCGACGUGGAGGCAAAUGAAGUGCAUGCAGCCCCGGACAAGGCCAAGCCGCUGUCGCCCGAGGAGAAGAAAGUGGAUGCUGCACCAGCAACUGCGCACAUAGAGGAGGAGGAGGCGGUGGCGGCAGCGGUGGCUUCAACCGCUGCUGAUGAAGUGGUAGCAAAGGCAGAGUCGAAAGUGGAGGCAGAGUCGAAAGUGGAGGCAGAGCCGAAAGUGGAGGCAGAGACGAAGCCAGAGUCGACGGGAGAGGCGGCAGAGGCACCGUCGAGCAAGGAGCCAGACCCGGCUCCAGGCACAACUCGUGCCGACGUGGAGAGAGAAAGCGAGGUCUCUCCGCAGGCAGAGGCUACCGGCAGCAACGACGACAACAAAGUGGCCACCGAGGAACUGAAGACAAACGACCCUACGAGCGGUGGAGAAUCCGCCAACGUGGAGACGGAGCAGCACGCCUGAAGGACUGGCCACCACCUCACACUGCCUCCAAUUGGCGGGGUGGCACGUCCAGCGUCAACUCUCGUUUUGUUUUUAAAACAUUUUUUCCCGUUGCAGGUCUUAGCAUCUUAGCAUCGUGUGUUCCUGUAGGGCAUUUACCGUGAUUAUUUGAGUUGCGUUUCUAGGCCUAGGCUUAUUCACGUCUACAACGUGAAGUAUGUGCGUGCACCGCACGCGUGCCACUGUCGCGAUAAUCGUGAUGGAUAGUAGCUGUCUAAAGCCGGACUUCUCAGCUGUAUUUGUGACCGGAAGCAAGUGUCUUUGCUGUACAGUGCAUUUCCUUUGGUUUCCAUCUGCAAUUUGGAAUCUGUUCAAUUACCUCGAGAUUUAGAAUUGAGGCUGCCAUUGUAGAUUAGGAGCAGACGCUUGAUUAGCUGCUUUCAUCAACGUCAUUAGAUUUUUUCGGUCCAAUUAAUCUCGUCAGUUUUAUUGAACGACUCUUGAUUAAUGGUGAGGUCACUGGGAAUCUCUUAGCGGUGCAGCUACAUGUUGUACUUGGCACAGAUGUUGCUUCCGUAUUGUGCAGUGGGAAAUGUUAUUGCAGCGACUGCAACAACGAGUUUUGUGGCAUUGAGGCCUUGUUCCAUGAGCAUGCACACAAGCUCUCCGUUAGCCUCGGCGUGCUGAUGUCCAUCAAGACAUUCGGCGAGAACCUCUGAAAUCCUGGGUUCGAAUCCAGCACCCAUCCACGAUUUAACAAAGUUUGCGUGCAGAAAGUUUGUUGACGAUUGCCCAAAAGAAUAUAUUUUUUCACUUAAUUUGGCCUCGCAACAUUGGAUUCAUUCUGAGAUAUUACUAAAUAUAUCAGAGAACGAGCAGUGAAUUACUCUUCAUACAGCGCUGGUAGGAGAGGUUUUUGAGACUUUAAAGGAGACUGGCAUUUCCGUGGUAUCACCACUGUGAAGGAUUGUUUACUGGCAAAGGCAACCCUCCACCAUCUGUGAGGAGUCACCAAAGUUGGAUUUUUCUGUGUGUAAGAAACUCCACUCUAAUGGCACAACUUUAAUGCAGUUGUUCGUAAUGAUAAAAGGAUUAUUUGAAAACGUAACGUGAGGCUGCGGAGCAGUCCAUUGGGCGAGUGGUGUAGCAAGGCCUCAAGCCUCAAGAGGAAUAAUUUGGGGUUUUGUACAACCAAGGCGUGCGACCCCCAUCCGUGGGGAAUUUACCAGUUCUCCACUUUGCUAAUACUCACGCGUGUGAGGUAAACAUCAGCAUAAGGUGAACUGGAAAAAAACAACUACUGUUCAUCGAUGUUUGUAGCAAUAGCAGCACCACCUUGAGACGUGGUGUUAAUUUUAUCGUGCAUAUUUUGUCGCGCUCUGAGACUAACAUUGCUACAAAAAAUAUAUAUACUAAAAAUAUAUAUAAAGCCUUCUUGGUCAUUGUUGCCACAAUCCAACGAUACAGCCGCCCUCCCCCCACCACGACGAGCCACCCCCUUCUGGUCCGGGUUGGUUUUUAGUAACCGGACUGCCUCCAGCUACCUCCGUUCCCAUGAAUUUAAUUUGUAAGUAGCGCUGCGCUGAGUUCAGAUGAGUGUCUGACCUCACCCUCUCCCUGACCGUUUUGUUUCACGACAGUUGAAACCACCACUGAGAGAGCGGCGAAGGGGAAUGUAACAUUUUGAACAUUUCGAUGUAAAGCUUUCGUGACUGCAGGGAUUCAUAUUCUUGGUUCUUUCGGUAAAGUUACGUAGAAGGGAAAUAAUAAAAUGAUAAAAAUAUAAAACAAUAAAAAUACGACGUUUCGAUUGCAACACAAGCAAUCAUCAGGUGUGAAAUCCACAGCAAGAAUUUUUUUUCAAAUUUUCAUUCUGUGGAUUUCACACCUGAUGAUGAUUGCCUGUGUUGCAGUCGAAACGUCGUGAGAAUUUUAAUAGUUUAAUAUUUUUAUUAUUUUAUUAUUUCCCUUCUACGUGACUUUACCGAAAUAACCAAGAAUAUUUUGAACAUUGUUUAUAACUGCAUUGUUUAUAAAAACAAACCCAUUGUUAAAACAAACCCUACUUAUCUAAACUUCCUCACUAAACAUUUGCCCCCCCCCCUCCCUCCACUGACCUCGCCUAGAUUCCCGGCCAGGAACGGUAAACCUUACCCCGGUCAGUUCUUAGGCCUCGGGGGGUCAGGGGAAGGGCGGGGGAAGGAAGGCGCCAUGAGGGGUCGCUCGUGGAGGUGAAGGGGAGAGAGCCGGGUCCUGGGGUAUCUCUAUCAUCAAAGCGUGGGCGUAGAGCUGUGAUGGGUUUGGGUGAGCGUUGAUGAAACCAUAAUUCUCACCCAUCUGUGGUGACAAUGGCCAUUAUCGCUAAUAUUCAGCAGUGUCGAGCAUAUUGAUAAGCUGCGAGUUAACUUGUGUGGUCGGAUAUUUGGUGUUUGGACAGGGUUGGUGGAUCAGCCAGACCAACAUGUAUGUGAUACACCCAUUGAUAUGCGAUUAUAUUUGACCACUAGCCAGGACUUGGCAGUACUACAAGUACUUUGGUGUAACAGAUAUAUUUUGUAUGUGUUCUCUUAUCGUGUCCUUGGGUUUUCUCCGGGCAGUCUUCUUUUGAGCCCAGUCGUGAAAAUGUGCUUAAAAAUGAAGUGGUCGACACAACUUCAUGCAGGAGCCUCCUUAAAAUAAUCCUUGAGCCUCAGGCUGUCACGGAUAUAAAAAAAACGAAUUAUCUUACAGCCUUAGACCUUUACUAGCAACCUCACAGCACAGCAAGCAUCAAAUAAUAUAUUAAAUUACUAAUGUAUUAUAUUAUAUACCAGCAGAAGGAAUAACUAGAUUAAGUAUUAGAAAUAUAAUAUUUUUGUUUGUUUUUAUUUCCACCUGGGACCAAAUUUGAAUUGGGUGGGGUUUAGUCUCUCUGGCCGAAUGGGGGUUCAUCUGGCCAGUGGAAACUUCUCCACCAGCGAUCAACAGGUGCCGUGCGAGAGCACCAAGCUGCUCUUGCAUCUCGAAGUGUGUUUCCCCUUUACCGCUUCCUCCCUUGUCAUUAAAGGGGCAUUCCCGAGUAUUUGCGAGGCUCAGAUUUGUAGCCUAGGCGUGAUGGCACACGCUCGUGAUCCAGAACUUUGGGUAGGGUUUGUGGAUCAUGCAGAUUUGCACUUCCCCGAGCUGCGAGGGAGCCACGAGAUUCAAGUAUAGCAAUGGAUUAUUGAAUCCCCAAGUGAUUGGAGGUUUGAGUAUUAUUACCCCCUUCGUGUGAGAUUUGUGUUUUUUCUGGGCAUUUCAGUUUCCUUUAAGCCCCUAAUGGAAUAAACCAAACCUUCCAUUGCACCGUUGCCUGAAUAAAGUAAUUUAGGCUCCGUAAGGAUUUCCAAUAUAAAUUAGAAUAAAAAGAGUCAAACCAAGUAAUCACUUGGGAUCUUGUAGCUAUUACUUAAAACGGCUUACGUGAGCGUUCCCCUUAGAUUGCCUUUGAAAGACAAAGGUUUUGGGAAAACAAUCUACUGUCUUCACAAUUUAUGGAAGUGGCUUUAGGCUGCAUUUGUAGACUGGCAGCAGCCUUAAUUGAAUACCUUUAGUGAUCAUAUUUCGAGAAUCCUUCAACGGACCACUUUGGUUUUAUUGAUCUAAUUAAAUUUAUUUAAUUUGCUUUCAUGCAAUUACUGUCAUUCCAGCCUUUGCUUUCCCCCCUUGUGUGCGACCCACAAACUCCUGCAACCGACUCCCCUGUUGUGCGGCAACGGAAACACACUUCCAGGCGCAAGCUGCAGCUCAAGUGUUGCGAGCUGUAUAGACUCUUCUUAUAUUACAGUACUUAUUUUUCAGCAAAGAAAACCACAAAAGCAGAAAACACUGGUAUUUCAGUCUUCACAGUCCCAUGGGGCUUCAUCCAUGUGACCCGUUAGCCAGCUUGGCUGAAGACAAAAACCCAGAAAACAAACGCCUCUUAUCCUCGAGAUAUCUGAUACACACAUGUGGGCUGUGCUUCCUGGGCUAUAUCCAACGCGAGUUUUGAAGCUUUGUUAAUUCACAUUUUUUAAAAAGUUGCUCGGGUAGUACGCUCACGUGAUUGUCAUCUCAGUUUUUUUAAGAAAUCGCUUUGUAUCCAGGUUUCAGUUGCUGUGAUUAGACGCUUUCGUCAAUUUAAAACUGUGUUAUAAAUCGUUGUGUACUGUUUAGUGUCGCUGCACCACCUGCAUCACGAGCACUCGAUGUGAAAGUCACCAUAAAGGUCGUUUAAUCAGUUAACAGCACUCCACACUCACGCGGAAACAGUCCGGGACACAGCCCAUGUGUGUAGCUACUAGUGAAGAUCUGAUUGUGUUUUUUUUCUAGGGUUGUCUUUAAUCCCUCUGUUUAAUCCUGGAGCUUGGCCCCAGGUAGAUGUUAACUCGUGCCCCGAGUGUGUGGGUGAAGGUUAGUGUGGUGAAUGUGGGUUAGGUGUGUGGGGCGGCGGUGGGGGGACCGUGGGUGUUGUGUUUCAACAUGUCGUCACAGUGUGUUGUGUUUCACCACUGAAUGUACUCCUCACGUGAACACGACACAGAAGGACGGGGGGAACGUAGAGAUUGGGGAGGGGGAAAUGGUUGGGAAUGAUGGAAGAGGGAGAUGGAGAGAGGGGCAGAGAGAGAGAGAGGCAGAGAUGGAGAGACAAGAGAGAGAGAGAGAGGCGGUGGAGGAGGAAAACGUUGAGAGCGACCGACGAACUUGGAGAUAAUGGAAGAGAGAGUGGAACAGGCAGAGCAAGAGGCGAGUAGAAGUGAAGGUCAACGGCGUGCGUGCAUGAAAGGUGUAAUUGAAGAGUGAAUGCGAGAUAGAAUAAAUACAUAACAUUGGAGGUGGACAAAGGGAGGACUAGAGAAAUGGAAACGUAAAAAAAUGAGGUGAGAGAGGGAGAUGUGGAGAGAGGUGAGGAGGAAUGGGUAUCGAUAGAGACAAAGGUCGUCUCGAGUUACAGGGUGUCCGUGAGGCACUGUUUCUCCAAACCCGUGGAUACGUUUUUCGAGAACAGAGAAGAUGUAUUUAUUUAUCCAUUCUGAGAUUAGUGGACAGCAGAAUAAGCUCGAAUUGUUUGCCAAUGUGGGGCCGGGGGAAGGGAAGCGAGCAAAACAGGGGUCCGAGUGUUUGGAUCGUGAUGUUAUCUUUAAAAAUAAUUUCUCAAUGUAAUCGUUAUUUUUUUAACGUGUUGUUGUUCCGUGCCACUGACUGAAUAAACUGGUUGUGUUGAA